CCUCGGGGAGGCGGCGGGGCAGUGCCGGUACCCCCGCAGGCAUCUGGAAGGUUCCGGCUCGCCCGCCCCCCGCCGCCCCGACCCUCUAUAAAUGCGGGCGCCGGUGGCCGGUGCGCUCAGAGGGGCGGCGCUGGGGCCAUGCUGGGGGUCUGGGUGCUGCUUUGGGGUUCCGUGGCCCUGGGCGGCCGGGCGGACACCGCCUUCCUCCGCCGCGCCCAUGACAGCUCCGGGCACUGCACCUACUCCUUCACGGUCGCCAGCCCCGUGGAGGCUGCCUGCCCCGAGGCUGCCGGCGGCGUGCCCGAGCUGCGAGCCGAGCUGGCCGCCCUCGCCGCCCGCCUGAGUCGGCUGGAGAGCCGGGAGCGAGGAGCGGGGGGCUCGGGGCCGCGGGGAGCCGAGCCGGGGGGCGCACGGGACCCCCAGCAAGUGGCCGCGGCCGCCCGCCUGGAGGCUGCGUACGGCGAGCUGCUGCGGGCCAAGUCACGGCUGGAGGAGGAGAAGGGGCGGCUGGAGCGGGAGAAAGAGGAGCUGGGCAGGCGGCUGGAGAGCAGCGCCCAGGAGAUCACCCGGCUGCGGGCCGCCCGCUGCCCCCCCGGCAGAGAGGGGCCCGGCCGGGACACGCUGCGUGCCCCCGCCAAGGCGCCGCGCUGGGAGCCGCAGCCCCUCAGCUACCAGGAGCUGCAGUCGGAGAGGAGCGAGCUUCCCGUGUCCCGGCUGCUGGAGGAGACGGCGCUCGGCCGCCCGGCCAAGGAGGACUCAGGCUGCGGGCAGCUGGUGUGGGUGGGAGAGCCCGUGGUGUUCGGCCGGGCGGACUCCAUCGCGGGCAAGUACGGCGUGUGGAUGAAGGACCCCGAGCCCGUGCCGCCCUUCACGCGGGACAACACCUGGCGUGUGGACACCGUGGGCACCGAGGUGCGCCAGCUCUUCCAGUACGAGGAGGCCGAGCAGCUGGCCCGGGGCUACCCCGCCAAGGUGCACAUCCUGCCGCGGCCCCUGGAGAGCACGGGGGCCGUCAUCUACCGCGGCGGGCUCUUCUUCCAGCCCCGCCAUUCCCGCUCCGUGGCCCGCUACGACCUGCGGGGAGAGAGCAUCACGGCCGAGAGGGAGAUCCCCGGCGCCGGCUACCACGGGCAGUACCCCUACUCCUGGGGGGGCUACACCGACAUCGACCUGGCGGUGGAUGAGACGGGGCUCUGGGUCAUCUACAGCACUGAGAAGGCCCGGGGAGCCAUCGUGCUCUCCAAGCUGGACCCCGAGACGCUGGAGAUCCGUCGGACCUGGGAGACAAACAUCCGCAAGAGAGGGGUGGCCAACGCCUUCCUCAUCUGCGGCACCCUCUACACCGUCAGCAGCUACUCGGCUCCCAACGCCACCGUCAACUUUGCCUACGACACCGCCACGGGCAGCAGCCGGGCCCUCAGCAUCCCCUUCGAGAACCGCUUCCGCUACCUCAGCAUGCUGGACUACAACCCUGCCGAGCGGCAGCUCUUCGCCUGGGACAGCUUCAACAUGGUCACCUACCCCGUCCGCCUGUCCCGGCCGUGAGCCGAGGCUGGCAGUGCCCCGGCUCUGCCCCCGGGACCCCGGUGCGUGCCUUGGCACCCCGCUUCCCUCCCCGUUUGCCCCGACACAGCCUCGGCUGCUGCUGGGGGCCGCACGCUGCCCAGCCACAUCCCGUUGUGCUCAAGUGCAGCAGAGAGAGAUGAAGCGUUGCUCCAGAGCCUGGCAGAGCCAGGGGAAUGGCUCUGAUCAGCUUCGGUGGGUUUGGGAAGGGUCACAGCAAUACCCAGCACUCUCCCUGAGCACCCAGCCUGGCCAGCCCGAAUUUGAGCAGGGAGGAUUCAGGCAUGGUGAGGGCUGGGCAGGACAGGUGGUAGAAGAGCUGUGCAGGAGGAUCCUGCCUUAAAAUAAACAUUUUUUUCCCUAGUUGUGAGCUGUGAUCCCCUCCAUGGGGUCAGGUUCUGUUGUUUCCAGGUUCCAGCCCUGCAGAGCUCUCAUGCAGAGAUCCCACAAGCUCCACUGGCAUCCCACACUCCCGGUGCCCAGGGCCAUCCUGGAGCUCAGCCACCUCCAAAAAUCAUCGACUAGGCUGAAAAGCAGCAGAAAACACAGACACACAUUGCACAAGCCUUUUUUUUAUUGAGGGAAAAAAAAAAGCAGCCAAGAGAGCAGGGGUGAGGAGUGCUGGCAGGGCAUCCUGCAGCCGGAUGGCCUCUCGGUACCCAGCCCUUCCAGCCAUGUGCUUCAGCUUCACAUUCCAGGCCAGCAGCUCUCCCCACACCAAACCACGCUGUUUUAUCUAUUUAUGGUAGAAAGCUUGGAGGAGGAGGAGGCUUCUUUCUUCCUCUGGCAUUUGGGGCAGCAGCAAGCACAGUCCCCAGGGGCUGCACAGGGUCCUGGCCCAAUAAACAUUGCCCAGCUCCACUGCUGCCUCACCAAGCCUGUUUUCCAGGGAGUGUGGUGGGCUGGUGCCCCUCUUGAUGCACCUACAGGCUGAAGGUGCUGGUGGGGGAAUUGUAAAACUGUGAGCAGGAAAAUGCCACAUUUUGGAAGGCAGGAAUACACCAGGUACUGGAGCAGUGGAAAAGGACAGAGAACACAGUGGGACACUUGUGAUGAUCACCUGCAGCUCCAGGGAUUUUCAGUGAGAUGCUUCACCCCAUUGCUCUCCUCCCAACACUAACACUGUUGUCUUAGGUGUAGCACUGUGUAUUUGUGUAUCACAAUGAAGCAUUUGGUUCAUCCAUCAUCCCCCCCCCGCUUUAUUUUGGGAAAAUAUGCAAUGGUUGUAAAAAGUGAGAUGAUCUGUGGAAGAUAUGUUUGUUUAAGCUACAGGGUGGGCAGCAGGUGGGAGCCCAGAAGAGGGAGGAGGCUGAAAGAUUCAUUCCUGCUCCAGGGCAGGCCCAGAGCCAGGCUGGGAAUCUCACCUGAGGCAGGGCCGGUGAAGGAUCCCCCUGGGCACUGCUGUCCCCAGGAUCUGCAGCAGGGCUCAGCCCAGGAGGGUCAGGAACAGUCACCCUGUCACUAUCACACCCAGAGCUGGGAGCCCUGGGGCUGGGGAGAGCCAAGCCUGCCACCAAGGAUGGGAGAAAGGCAUUUCUGGCCCGAAACAGGACGGGAGGCGAGGCUGGAGUCCCCCUUCACCCCACAGCUCCCCGGGGGUGUGAGCCAAGGCCCGGGAUGAAAGGCAGGGUUUGUGCAGAGCCCCGGGGAGCAGCAGCACCUCGGUGAGCCCAGACACCGAGGGCAGACACUCCCGGCCCUCCCCGCACUGGGGCCUUUCAGGCUGGGAAGUCCAUCUCUUAAUUGACUGAGAAAAUAAAGGAGGACAAGCCAAUGUACACAGGAUUUCCAGAAAGCUGGGCUGGAGCUGAACAGCGCUGAAUACACUGCUUUACUUAACAGGCUUUGGGAAAACAAGCCCUCCCUGCCCACAUCCCAGCAAGAAGCCAGCCUCAGCCCAGGGGGGUGCUGGAUCUGGCCCCAGUCACAUUUAACCCCCCUCUGGCUCUUGCCCUGGAGAAAAGUUACAACCUUUUCACAGCCUCAACAUUAUUAAGGAAAAAGAAAUUGAAUUCCCUGAAGAAAAUAGUUCCCUGAUUUCUGGGAGGUUCACACAAUUAUUUCUGACGACCAGAGUCCUAGAAAAGAGAUUACACACCAAAUCCCAUUCAAAUUAAAAAAAAGCAAGAGCUACUCCAGUGUAAAUAGCCAGGAGCAAGUUAUCUGAUUAAAUGUCAUGAAAAUACUCCAUCAACGGGGGUCAAUGACUGAAAGCUCCACCUGGCCUCAAAGGCAGCUGGCGUGGUUUGGGGUUUUGGAGAGGCACACAUCAAACCUGGGUUAUUUGGAGGCACAUUUACUUUUAAUUAAACUUCUGCAGAAAAACUCCCUUUGAUAGUCCAAAGCCUGGUACAUUCCCACAGCCAACUGUGAGAAAUCCCUCUGACUUCCCAAUGGUUUUAUUACUACAGAAUUUAACAGUAAUCCUUUCAGCAGCAUUUCCUUAAAAAUAGAAGUCUGGUGAAUGAGUUCCCCUUUUUGGGGUGUCCUUUUAGGAUGAAACAAGCUGAAAACAACCUCAGGGCAGGGAAACAUGACCACAACUCAGUUACUUUUGUAGCCCAUUUCUAGAUGGAAGCAGUGUCCACAUUCACUCAGUCCAUGCCCACCCUCCUUUCCAAGCAUUUACUGCAGCUGUGCUCCUACAGAUCCUUGUGAAAAAGGUGAUUUACCCCGAGUGUGACCUGCUCAGAGAUUCCUUCUGCCCAUGGCUGCAUUUGUGGAUUCCAGCACUUUUGAUUUACUCCAUAUUGCUGCAGUUUUACCCUGAACAAAACCAGCCUGGGCAGGAAUGGACUCCAGCUCCUCUGGUGGCCCUAAGCUGCUGCUUCCCACCCCACCCCAGCGUUGGCAGCGACACCUCUGACCACAGAUCAACCUGGGGUGCUUGCAGAGCCACCCCAACACUCCUGGCUGCAUCCUCCCUUUCCCCAGAGGUGCAGAGCCAGCCAGCACCUUCUCCCCAGGCAGGAAUUACUCCUCAGAGCCCAAGACACCAAAGGUUCCCGGUGUUUGUAGGAUCAAGUUCCCUCUUGUGGCCGGCUGAGCACAUCCUGCCUGUCCUGAUCCCACAGGGCAGGGCAGGGCAGAGCAGGCUCCCUGAACUCAUCCCUUUCCCCCGGGGCUGUUGGUGCCUCCAGAGGCUGCCUGGAACAGGGGCUGGUCAGAGUUAAAGGAAUAAAGCAGGGAUUUAUUAAAAAUCCUUCCAAGGAUGCACCUUGGGCACUGCAAGAGCCUGGCCAAGGCUAUGCCCAAGAUGGAGGUUAUGAGUUUUCACACUUUGAUCAGUUUUGUUCAUUUCCAUAUUGGGGUUAAUUGUCCCAUUCCAGCUGCAGGUGAUGCAGUCCCAUCCUCCCAGAUUGCUCUCCUCAAUUUGCUGCUGGUUGUGCUUUUUGGGGCUGGAGCUGCAGCGGUGUCCUUGGUUGUGGGGCUGGAAAAGGAUUGUUGUGUGUGCCUGAGCUGUGAGGAGAACUGGCUGACACUUGACAUGAAGCUCAGAGUUACCAAUGCACUACAGAACCUGGGAAAUGUGAAAGCCAAAACUUCAGGCAUCACAGUCACUCACUGGCUGAGGGGACAACCGGCAUCAUCCCAACUCCACCCACUGGAAUUCCCAGCAAUUCCCACCCAGAGGUGGCCACAAAGGAGCUUCUGGGAGCAUUUUCCUUCAGGAGCCUUUCCCUGGGAGCUCCACUCACCUCCUGCAGCAAUCACGAGAGCAGCCAGGGGCUUUAUUUAGAGAAUACUUUAUUAGUUUCUGUAAUCAAACCCAUGUAAAUAAGACCGUACAUAUUUCAUACAGUGCGUUACCCCUGUACAAAUGGAAAAAAAAUUAAGUUUAACAUUUCUAGACCAAUAUGGCUGUUAAUUUCUGUACAAUGCCAACUCACACUACAAGUGGGAUACUUUUUUCCAAAGUUGACAUCACAGCUAGUUUCCAAAAAUUCAAAUUAUAUAUAUAUUUAUAUAAAAAGAUAACCAAUAGCGAUUCACUAGGCAUCAAUAGCAGCAACAGCCUUUCCAGCUUCUGCAGUCAUUUGAACAAAAUUAUACACAUUAGACUUUCAACUCUUCCUUCCAAAAAACGUAAAAAAAAGGAAAAAAAAAACCAAAAUCCCAGAAAAAACCAGCAAA